AUGUCGAGGAUAUCCGUGCUAAUUGCAGUGAUCAUGGCCUCUCUUGUUUUUCAACAAAGUAAGUGAUUUCUUAAUGGCUGCAGACGGCAAUUUUUUUUAGAAACAAUCGUUUUGGUGGGUGGAGAGAUUUUUUCUGCUUUGAUUUCUAUGAAACACCGGCCUAGCAGAAAUCAACUAGCCAAACGCCAGAGGUCGAGAUCAAGAUGGCGAUGCUUUAAAUCGCUUGAUCGUGAGAAACCCGCUCACCAUAAGAAUUAACUCUUGGUUCGACCAAACCGAUUUGCAUAAUCAUGUUCAACGUUUACAUGUUAAGUCCGACAAUUUGAAGUCAUUCGUCUUUAAUAAGCUCUUCUCCUACCGAAGCACUCCAUACGGAGUAGGUUUGAAUCAAGUUUUGAUGGUUUUAAACUCUGGGGACGUGUACUCGUAUUAAAUUAAGCGAUUGGUAUACAUAUUGAUUUCAGUUUAAAAGCUUUGGCGUGAAAGUUGUCGCGAAAUUCAAUUGUUCCACAUAAAUGAACAAAUUACCUCGUGCUCUAGAUUGUUUAGGUCAGCUAAGCAAACGGUGUCGCUAUGUGGGCUGGUUUUCGCAACUUUUCUGAUAUUCUGCUUACGAAAUGAUAAUUCAUUUAUGUACAAACAUGGGAAAAAAUGCGUGGAAUUUGCCACCAUCGUUUGCCAAACAAAUUUACGACUUGACGACUUAACCUUUAGUCAAUGUUUGUUACCGUUUCAUUAGUUCCUUCGGACCGACAGAUUAUAACCUCUGAUGAUUUACAACUCAACGUGAAAAGAAGUGUGCUUCCGUAAAUAUUUUACAAUACCCCCGUAAAUUUCGAUGUUUUGACGCGUUGAAAGGCUACAUUAACUGUCUGAUCAAAGAAAACAGUUUCACUUUGACGGUAUCAAUUUUAAGUUUAAAAACUUUGUUUGUUCAUUCCCACUCCAAAAUUACUUUGUGGGCGUAGUGUUAUAAAUAUUUUAUGAGAAUUGAAAAUACCACGUUUUCCACAUGCUUGAGUAGUAUGCUGCAGCUAGUAUACAAGAUAUCUUGAGUAUUUGCAUUAAAAAAAUAAUGGUCACGAACGUUUCCGUAGCUACAAGAAUUAGCUCGGCUUUUAAUCACUUAAAAGGUUAUUGACAAGUUAUAUUUUUAGAAGGAUUCCAUCCAAGUUAAGACCUAAUUAAGUUUCCCUAAGAAGAGGAAAGAUUAUUUCAAAACAAAUUUUGAAUGCAUUAAUUAACUCCAUUAGAUAAUGUACUACGGUAGUCAUAGUAUUCUUUAUGGACCACAUUAUAGAACGCUGGGAGGAAGUCAACUGCACAGAGAUAAACCUGUUCUUUGAGCAAUAUGUUAAUGAAAUCAACAGCUUGAACUUAAAAAAAAACGAGAGGUACUGGAAUAGUUUGAAAAAAGAGGAAAAAUUUCACAACAAAGCUCUUUUCAAGGUGGCCGGGGUAGUGGUAUACCAGUAUACCCGAAAAAAAUUCGCCAAAAUACCCAAAAUUCAUCCAAAUAUACCCAAAAUUAUACCCAGGUAAUACUUUAUACCUGAAAUUCAAAGAAAGUGAUAUACCGAAUACCCGUAUUUAAGCUGCAAUAUACUGUAUACCCGAUUUAAAAAGCCCCUGUAUACCGUAUACCCAAAAACCCUGGCCGACCCUGGCUUUUCUCUCGGAAAGGAGGUUGUCAAUGUGCCACAGGAACCCCAUUAUGAAGCAUAAAAUUAGUGACCAAAAGUAGCAUAGUUAUGGACAAAAGAUGAAUAGUUCUCCUGGUUAAAAGGCUGGAGCAGAAUGAUUCAUUCAUAAUUCAUAACAACUUUGUAAGCAUAAAAAAGUUGGUCAAAAGAAGCAUGGAUAAACAAAAAAAGGCCAACAGAGAAGAACUGAAUCUUCAUACAAGGCUGACCCACACCCUAAAGAUACAGCUGUAUAAUUAACAAUUAUUCGCCGAAGGAGAAGUUAAUAUUGUUGAAUAAUCCCCGAGACGAAGUCGAGGGGAUUAUUCAACAAUUUUAACUGAGCCUGAGGUGAAUAAUUGUUUUAGUAUAUUCACACGAAGUGAUCUCAACAGAAUCAGAAAGGAAACCAUUAAAAAAUGAUUAGAUUGAUUGACGGGUGAAUUCAUGCGUGAACACGAAGACGUAAACAGUGGAUGCGCAAAAGUUAGAUCUUUACAGUAUCUUCAAAAAUGGCAAAUGAUAGUUUUCAUCCUUUUGUAUCGAGUUUUGUAAGCUUUAUGGGCUGGGUUUUCACGUACAUGGAUCAAUAAAUCUGAUAAAAUUUUGUUGUGGGAGGUCACAGGUGCGGCAAACAAAGGUCAUGAGAUUUAACCAAAACAUUUUAAAAUUUGCAAUAGAGAAAGGUGUUGGAUUUUAAGCCACUCAUAAUCAUUAGAACGGAAAGCUAACUGUUAGGGCCAGAGUUGAGGGGAAUAACUGAAACAUUGACAAAUAAAUUUAGAAAAUACGAAAGUAACUAACCAUUUCCGGCGUUUCAAUUUGUCGCGGCUGGGUGAUGCCAUAAAGCGGAAGUUUACUUGAUCAAGCUUUUCGUUGAUUGGUUGUUAGGCCGGAGGGAGGGAAUCAACGCAAAUGACACAUACUAUGAGUUCCUUGAUCGCGUUGCGGUUCAUUCAUUCGUUGUCUCCGAUUCUUGUUGCAGCAUCUUGGAGGAGUCAAGAAACCAAAUCUACCCGGUAAUACGUAAAAACAGAAGAAACAUGGAGUUUGGCAUAUGCAGCAUUUGUAGAACGAUGUCAAGGAUACCCGUGCUAAUUGCAGUGAUCAUGGCCUCUCUUGUUUUUCAACAAAGUAAGUGAUUUCUUAAUGGCUGCAGACGGCAAUUUUUUUUUAGAAACAAUCGUUUUGGUGGGUGGAGAGGUUUUUUCUGCUUUGAUUUCUAUGAAACACCCACCUAGCAGAAAUCAACUAGCCAAACGCCAGAUGUCGAGAUCAAGAUGGCGAUGCUUUAAAUCGCUUGAUCGUGAGAAACCCGCUCACCAUAAGAAUUAACUCUUGGUUCGACCAAACCGAUUUGCAUAAUCAUGUUCAACGUUUACAUGUAAAGUCCGACAAUUUGAAGUCAUUCGUCUUUAAUAAGCUCUUCUCCUACCGAAGCACUCCAUACGGAGUAGGUUUGAAUCAAGUUUUGAUGGUUUUUAACUCUGGGGACGUGUACUCGUAUUAAAUUAAGCGAUUGGUAUACAUAUUGAUUUCAGUUUAAAAGCUUUGGCGUGAAAGUUGUCGCGAAAUUCAAUUGUUCCACAUAAAUGAACAAAUUACCUCGUGCUCUAGAUUGUUUAGGUCAGCUAAGCAAACGGUGUCGCUAUGUGGGCUGGUUUUCGCAACUUUUCUGAUAUUCUGCUUACGAAAUGAUAAUUCAUUUAUGUACAAACAUGGGAAAAAAUGCGUGGAAUUUGCCACCAUCGUUUGCCAAACAAAUUUACGACUUGACGACUUAACCUUUAGUCAGUGUUUGUUACCGUUUCAUUAGUUCCUUCGGACCGACAGAUUAUAACCUCUGAUGAUUUACAACUCAACGUGAAAAGAAGUGUGCUUCCGUAAAUAUUUUACAAUACCCCCGUAAAUUUCGAUGUUUUGACGCGUUGAAAGGCUACAUUAACUGUCUGAUCAAAGAAAACAGUUUCACUUUGACGGUAUCAAUUUUUUAAAAACUUUGUUUGUUCAUUCCCACUCAAAAAUUACUUUGUGGGCGUAGUGUUAUAAAUAUUUUAUGAGAAUUGAAAAUACCACGUUUUCCACAUGCUUGAGUAGUAUGCUGCAGCUAGUAUACAAGAUAUCUUGAGUAUUUGCAUUAAAAAAUGUAAUAGUCACGAACGUUUCCGUAGCUACAAGAAUUAGCUCGGCUUUUAAUCACUUAAAAGGUUAUUGACAAGUUAUAUUUUUAGAAGGAUUCCAUCCAAGUUAAGACCUAAUUAAGUUUCCCUAAGAAGAGGAAAGAUUAUUUCAAAACAAAUUGUGAAUGCAUUUAUUAACUCCAUGAGAUAAUGUACUACGGUAGUCAUAGUAUUCUUUAUGGACCACAUUAUAGAACGCUGGGAGGAAGUCAACUGUACAGAGAUAAAUCUGUUCUUUGAGCAAUAUGUUAAUGAAAUCAACAGCUUGAACUUUAAAAAAAUGAGAGGUACAACAAUCACUGGAAUAGUUUGAAAAAAGAGGAAAAAUUUCACAACAAAGCUCUUUUCUCUCGGAAAGGAGGUUGUCAAUGUGCCACAGGAACCCCGUUGUGAAGCAUAAAAUUAGUGACAAAAAGUAGCAUAGUUAUGGACAAAAGAUAAAUCCAGUUUUCUAUAUAUCGUCAUAAAAAAGAAUACACUUUCAAAAUAUUUGCUUGUGCCUAGGGUUUCCAAAUCUCAUAUCUGUUGGAAUAUCCUGUGACCCCCCCGCCCCCAUUUAUAGGCUCAUCCAUCUGUAGAACAAAAAUACAUCUGGCCCCGGUUGUUCAAACGUCGGAUAGCGCUAUACAGCGGAUAAAUCACUAUCCAGCGGAUAGCGUAAUUGAUUUCCGUAAUACUUAUCCGCUGGAUAGUGAUUUACCCGGUGGAUAGCGCUAUCCAACGUUUGAACAACCGGGGCCUGGUUUAAAGCCCCCCCCCCCUGAAUUUAAGCCCUCCUCUAGCUUGUAUUAAAAUGAAUUUGACUUUUUACAACAUUUUGAAGCUUAAAAAAGUGAUCAAAUUCAAAAAGUAUUUCGAUCAGCACUGUUAUGUAGCUUGUAUUGAAACACUUCUUUUAAGUCUGGUUAUAACGCCCCCCCUGUUUAUAAGCCCUUGUAAAACCCCUUAUGAAGUUGUAUAAGCCCAGGGCUUAAUAAUAAUAAUUAAUAAUUUAAUAUUUAUAUUGCACAAAAUACAUGUAAAUAUGAUCAAAUGCACAAACAUGUAAAUAUGAUCAAAUGCGCAAAAAAUGAAUCUUAUAAAUGGAAGCUUACAGUAUUGUCCAAUUUGGCAUUACAGAAACCCUUAAAAAUACAGUACUUGAAAAGUUGUACAAGACUUAAGAAAUUACAUUGGGUUUUCAAAUCCAUCCAAUACAAUUUACAAAGCUUCCUAGAAAUCAGGAACCUGAAAACCUGAAAUCCAGGUCUCGACUACACAGUUCUCAUGAGUGAAACAAUACUGUGGAAGCAAAUGUGUGAGUUUACAAAAAACAACAUGACCUCUCUAAAGGUCUUAAUUUUUCUGUCCCUCUGAGUCUCUCAAACAAUGAUUCAUAUUAACUCGGGGAUAUUCUUUUUUUCAGCAUGUGUGUCAUCAUUAAAACUGCUAGAUCAGCCCUGCAAAUUAAGACCAACAAUAAUUCCGGUAGAAGAAAAGGGUUUCAAACCACACCAUAUAGAACUGCAUCGUUGCCAAGGAACGUGUGGCAACUCACAGCCCAGUCAAAAGCCAUGUGUACCAAAGACAAAACAACAAAUAAGCUUGGAUUUAACAGAUCUUACUUCUGAGACCAAACAAGAGAAAGUCGUCCUUAUGGAUAAUCAUACGAGUUGUGGAUGUGAUUGCGAAGCAAUAAAUCAUUGUAAAUUCGAUGAGGGAGAAAUGCCAGAUGUAGACAACUGUAGAUGCAUCCCACCUGCACCAACUGCUAUAAGACAACAUGGUGGUAAUGAAAAAGGUUUGUGUGCUUAAGUUUGCAUGUUGGAAAGUGUUUUUCCUACAGGUUGUAGUUUGAGAUAACUAUAAGCAAAUAUAACAUUAGUAACCUCAGCUCUCCAUGAAACCCCAUUUUGAGUAGCCAAAAUUUAUAAAGACCCUCCUCUCUCAUAUAAGCUAUGCCUGUACCUAUAAUUGCCAUGAUCUGCCUUGUUACAUCACACAUUCAUUUAUCAUUAAUGGCAUUACCGGUAAGUGAACACAAACACAUUUAGUGUUUAUCAGCACAAAAUAAUGCAAAGGUUUGAUGCAAGACAACUGACUGACAAAACAAGUAAUUUACAUGUAGAACCAUAACCAGCUAACAAAGAAGGCUAAAAUAUUGCUGUCUUGUCAGUAACACCUCUUAUGGAAAAAAAAAUGAAUUAUUGCUAUCAUGGGUUGCACCCUAUAAUAAACCAACCCUUAAAAAUGGCUGAGGAAAAAUGCCCCUCUGGGGCUUAUCAUAGAGGUGACAGUACUGAGCAACCCCUUUGUUAAUACUACAGUGUAUAUUACAGACACCAAAAAAUAGAAAUAAACUUUUUAAAAUCCUUUGUAGUAAAGGUGAUGAUUUUAUGGCUAGUAAUUAUUUUGUUCUUUUCUUCUCUAGUGGAUGUCCUUCCCUAUCAGAUUGGCUUAGUAUUCCUAGGCGUGUUUGCCCUGUGUGUGCUAGUGUUGGACAUGAUCAUGUGCGCCAAAGGACAGGGUGUGAUAUAUAAAGUUGGAAAAAAAUGCUGCCGUUCGGAUCACAACGGAGGUGGCAACAGAGGUGAGAUGAGUCAUUAUGACAGAUAGUGUACAUUAAUGUUAGACCCAAGGGUGAAACCAUAAGAUUGCUCUUUCGAUAAAAUAAUAUAACUGACAGUCUGCACAUAGUGAAUAGGUUAAUUUGCGUUUUUAUUAAUUCAGGUGAGGUACAAAGUAAUGGAAAUUGCAGUACAGAAAAGGAAACAAGGAAUGGACAUACAAGCCCAGCAGAGCCGGAAUGUGUAUAAUUAAAAAAAAGAAAAGAUGGCACCAAGCUCGUCUGAGAGAGGCCCAAGAAGCAGGAUAAAUUGAUGAACUAUCUGGUGGUAUUAAUAUUCUUACUGCCUGGAGUCAGUUUUGGUUUAAAGAGAAAUUAUUAAACUUUAGCAUAGAUUAAAAUUGCACCUUUAAAUUAUUAGAAAGCCCUGUAAGUUGAACUGAGAUAUAAAUGUUGGAAAAAAUAGCCUUCCUUGGGUUGCAAAGCAUGCAAGACAUUGCUAAAAUUUUUUUUAAAAAUGUUUCUGAAAAUAAUUCACUUAAACAAAAUUUACAAGGUUUUUCAAUUAGUUGUUUUCAAAGUUUCUCAUUCCAACAGUAUUGUUGAAAAAAAGCUGUUUUAAACAUGUUGAGUGCAAACAAGAGUUGGUCCAUUCCCCCCCCCCCCCCCCGUUUAUAAGCCCUUGUAAAGCCCCUUAUGAAGUUGUAUAAGCCCAGGGCUUAAUAAUAAUAAUUAAUAAUUUAAUAUUUAUAUUGCGCAAAAUACAUGUAAAUAUGAUCAAAUGCGCAAAAAAUGAAUCUUAUAAACGGAAGUUUACAGUAUUGUCCAAUUUGGCAUUACAGAAUCCCUUAAAAAUACUUGAAAAGUUGUACAAGACUUAAGAAAUUACAAUGGGUUUUCAAAUCCAUCCAAUACAAUUUACAAAGCUUCCUAGAAAUCAGGAACCUGAAAACCUGAAAUCCAGGUCUCGACUACACAGUUCUUAUAAAUGAAAUAAUACUGUGGAAGCAAAUGUGUGAGUUUACAAAAAACAACAUGACCUCUCUAAAGGUCUUAAUUUUUCUGUCCCUCUGAGUCUCUCAAACAAUGAUUCAUAUUAACUCGGGGAUAUUCUUUUUUCAGCAUGUGUGUCAUCAUUAAAACUGCAAGAUCAGCCCUGCAAAUUAAGACCAACAAUAAUUCCGGUAAAACAAAAGGGUUUCAAACCACACCAUAUAGAACUGCAUCGUUGCAAAGGAACGUGUGGCAACUCACAGCCCAGUCAAAAGCCAUGUGUAGCAACUUCAACACAACAAAUAAGCUUGGAAUUAACAGAUCUUACUACUACUUCUGAGAACAAAGGAGACAAAGUCGUCUAUAUGGUUAAUCAUACGGGCUGUGGAUGUAGUUGCGAAGCAAUAAAUAAUUGUAAAUUCGAUGAGGGAGAAGUGCCAGAUGAAGACAACUGUAGAUGCAUCAAAACUGGACCAACUGCCCAAGGACUAGGAGGUGGUAAUGAAAAAGGUUUGUGUGCUUAAGUUUGCAAGUUGGAAAGUGUUUUUCCUACAGGUUGUAGUUUGAGAUAACUAAAAGCAAAAAUAACAUUAGUAACCUCUGCUCUCCAUGAAACCCCAUUUUUAACAGCCAGAAUUUAUAAAGACCCUCCUCUCUCAUAUUAGCUAUGCCUGUACCUAUAAUUGCCAUGAUCUGCCUUGUUAAAUCACACAUUCAUUUAUCAUUAAUGACAUUACCGGUAAGUGAACACAAACACAUUUAGUGUUUAUCAGCACAAAUGCAAAGGUUUGAUGCAAGACAACUGACUGAGAAAACAAGUCAUUUACAUGUAGAACCAUAACCAGCUAACAAAGAACGCUAAAAUAUUGCUGUCUUGUCAGUAACACCUCUUAUGGAAAAAAAAAUGAAUUAUUUGAGCACUAGCAUGGGUUGCACCCUAUAAUAAACCAACCCUUAAAAAUGGCUGAGGAAAAAUGCCCCUCUGGGGCUUAUCAUAGAGGUUACAGUACUGAGCAACCCUUUUGUUUAUACUACAGUUUAUAUUACAGACACCAAAAAAUAGAAAUAAACUUUUUAAAAUCCUUUGUAGUAAAGGUGAUGAUUAUAUGGCUAGUAAUUAUUUUGUUCUUUUCUUCUCUAGUGGAUGUCCUCCCCUAUCAGAUUGGCUUAGUAUUCCUAGGCGUGUUUGCCCUGUGUGUGCUAGUGUUGGACAUGAUCAUGUGCGCCAAAGGACAGGGUGUGAUAUAUAAAGUUGGAAAAAAAUGCUGCCUUUCGGAUCACAACAGAGGUGGCAACAGAGGUGAGAUGAGUCAUUGUGACAGACAGUGUACAUUAAUUUUAGACCCAAGGGUGAAAGCAUAAGGCCGUUCUUUCGAUAAAAUAAGUACUGACAGUCUGCACAUAGUGAAUGGGUUUAUUUUGGUUUUUAUUAAUUAAGGUGAGGUACGAAGUAAUGGAAAGUGCAGUGCAGAAAAGGAAACAAGGAAUGGACAUACAAGCCCAGCAGAGGAACGUGUAUAA